AUGGAUAAAUUGCUAUUAAUGAUGUGCGACAGAGACAGCGUACGGUCUACCUAUCUAGGAUUCUGCCAGGCGGCCAACACUGGCAAUGCGCCAGUCUGGCAAUGGCAUCUGUGUUCGUACUUCGUUCUGUGCGUGCUCGCUUAUGGGGAGGAUCAGUCAUUUUAUUUAAAUUAUCCAGAAGAAGAAGCGGAAGAAGAGAAAGAGAAAGAAAACGAUACAAAAACAUAUUCUACGGACGUUGCUGGGUUACUUGCGAAAUUACAGUCAUCAGGGGCACUCGUUAAGAAACCCAAACAAGAAUAUCGCUGCUUGACUUGUGAUUUAGACUUUUCUGAUUGGGAAGAACAAGAAAAUCAUUUAGUAAAACACAUAUCGCUCCCUUCAGUGAUAUUAGACAAGCUGCCUUCAGACGACGAAGACCUGCCGCCCUCUGGAGAUGAAAACUGGUCAGAUGAGGAUGAAGUUCCUCUACCUAAUAAGCAAAGCACGGCAAAAACGCCCCAAAAGAUAGAUAUAUCACAAAUAUUGAAAAAAACUGGCAUCUCGCUUAAAAAACCCGUCGAAUCUGAUAAACACAGUUCAGAUUCAGCCUUGAACAAAUUGAGUGGCUUGGGAUUUACGAUAAAAAAAAAUUCAACGCCCAUUAAGAAAGAAAAACUGGAUAAUGAGACUGAUAAAACGAAUGAUGCUGUGCAAAAACUAGGGAAACUGGGUGGCAUUAAACUUAAACUCAAAUCUGAUGGUAAUAAUACCAAUUCUUUUAAAGUAGUCAACGGUUUAAAAGAUUUCAAAGCUUCCGACGACGAAGACGAGGCCAGUGGGAACGAAGAGGAUAAAGACGAAGCAGACUUUGACGAAGAAUUUGAUAAAAGCAACGAAAACAACGGUUCCGACGUUGAUCAUGAUUCCGAUGAACCACCGAUAAGCAACACAAGAAAGAGUUCAGACAGCAGUGACACCGAGAAAGAUAAACGACAGCUCCCAAAAUUACCUAGAGGUAUACAAACUAAAUUGAUAACGCCAAAAAAGGAACCGAUUGCACCAAAACAGACUCCAAAGAAUCCUCCUGAAGAAGCCGUUAAACCUAAACCAACAAAAGUUGCAGUCAAACAAACACCAAAAAGAGGUGCUGGUAAAGAAUUUACCGGACCCGCUAGUAGGAGACAAUCACAAACAGAAAGACAGGCACAAGCUGAAAAACAGAUGAUUCCUUCAGACAGGCAAGCCAAAACUAUUACAGAACGUCAAUCAAGAAGCACUUCAGAAAGACAGUCGAGGGCCUCUUCAGAGAGAGAUGAUACACAAGACAGCGAUGGAAAAGAAACUACAGAACAAGGGAGUGUUGUUGUUAAACAAGAAAUACAAGACGCUCCUAAUAAUGAAACCAAAACAUCCGAACAGGAAUUACCUAUUUUCUCCUCGACCAUUAAAUCUGAACGGUCGUCACCACCACUAUCCGAAAGAUCCACGCCAGUAUUAGCCAGAGUUAAAUCAGAACCUGAGGGUUCAGCAAAUACCGAUCAACAGAAUGAUGUUAAUAAUUCCGCUCCCUUGCUACCAGUUAAGAAAUCUGAAGAUACAUCUGUUACUGUCAUAGAAAUCAAUGGAGAUUCGAAUGACGAAGACGAUGACUGUUGUGUAGUGUCUACAACACCGGCACCAGAUGUAAAACCAGUCGUACCAAAAGUAGAAACUACAGCCCCACCACCUUAUUCCACUACAUCCACAUAUACAACAUCACAAUCUAGUUACAGUUCUUCCAAUAUGUCUUCUCGUUUGUCAACAGCACCUUCGACAGAAAAGCAACACAAUUUCAAUUGGAACGCACCGGAUAGCAAACCUCCUUUAGACAUGUUGGAGAAAAGUGCUGAUGAUAUUUUCGAAAGCUUAUUAUCAACCAAGAAAGAAAAUAUGUCACUAUCAGAUGCAAGCGAAUACAUUUCAUUAGAUACAUUAGGUCCUCAACAUACUUGUGAUAUAUGCAAUACUAGAUUUACUGAUGUAACAUUGUUAGAAGAACACAAAAGGGUGACGGGACAUUCAAAAAGUCUGGUGGCUCCAACCCCAUCAACACUUAUGCCAUACAAUCAUUCAUCGAAUAUUUUGUCCAGCUUACUACCAGUCAAACAGUUAGCCGAACAGGUCGGGAAACUAUCAAAUAUAAGCAGUGGGAGUUCAGGUUUCACCCAUCAACAAAACGUUAUGAUCAAUAUACAAGCAUAUCCGGGUGGUGGAGGUGUUAUGGUACCUCCACAGGCAUACAACUCAUACAACAGCCCUACAUCUGGUGCCAGCCCAGCACAAAACAUGCACGGCUCUUAUUCACAUCCAUCCAGUAAUAUGUACGGUUCCCAGAAUCAACCGAUGUCAAUGCCAGGACAGUAUCAAGGGUCAAAUUAUAUGGGACAAGGUUACGGCCAGUACCAAAGUCCGAUAUCCAAAUCUGGUUAUCCAUCAACGAUGCCUCCGACUUCCUAUUCAAUGGCCCCAUCACCGUAUUCGACAGCCUCUCCGUUGCAGAGUAUGCAGCAAUCUGUAUAUGGACAAUCUUCUAUGAUGGGUCAACAGCCCGGGGCGAUGGGUCCGCCGGGAACAUCACCCAGUCAUUCGUAUGGAGCUGCGUGUAGUCCCGGGGGAAUGAAACCGCCAGGCAGUGGUAUAAAAAUACAAAACAUUCAGACUUUUCCGCCCGGACAGAUGAUCGGUGCUUCGAGCCAGCCGAUACCCGGACAACCGAUAACAAGCGGACCUGAAUUUACCUCGGCUCAGAUGGCAGCAGGUCAAAGUAUUGGAGGACAAAUGCCAGCUCCCACGCCAAUUAGAAUGGCAGCGGGUGCAAAUAUUGCUGCAAAUCGUCCGCGGAUGCCGUCUGUGAGAGGACAAAGGCCGACAAUAAGGCCUGGUAUUCAAGUCCACGGACAAGUUCGUGGUGGUAAAGUGGGGCCACGGAUGCCCAUGAAACGACCCGGCGCCGCCAUGGGAGGUCCAGGUCAAAAAAGGCGAUCAGAUAUGCUCCUACCCGGCAAACAUGAUAAUGAAGAUUGUCACGUUAUGUCAAUGCAGAAGCAACGUGACGGCCUGCCUUUGAUCCAUAGCGUCCAAGGUGCAAAGGACAAAUUAAACCUGGGCAGUCAAAUUUCCAUAACAAAGAAGACGGUUAACAAGGAAGCGAACGCGAUGGCCAAUGUUCUAGCAUCGAGAGGUAUAAGUGUUAAACAGAAGCAGAAGAGUAGAUCACCUACACCGGAACGACCUUUACCACACAUACCUAAUCUUGGUUCAGGAGUCAGUAUUAAACACACGUCUAGAUCUAGUAAAUUUUCCAUACCAGAGGCUAAAGUCGGCGGCGGCAUGCUAGCUUGCAAGAUAUGCAAGAAAAUGUUCAUGAACCACAAUUCCCUACAAGUACACAUGUCCAACGCUCAUCACGCGCAGAGUAAAAUACCAGUUUUCAAAUGCGACGAAUGCCCCGCGUCGUAUCCCAAAUCCUUGCAGUUGCAGCAUCACAAAAGGGUAUUCCACAACGUCGUGGGGCCGAACAGAGAGCUAGGUUUACCAGUAGUGGACCUCUCGCAAGAAGAUAAUUUGAAACGUCUUAGUAAUUUAGGGAUAUAUAGUUUUAUACCGUUGGCUAAUAGGGAACAAGCGAACGGUUGCUUUGGUAUACCUGUGAUAUCUGUCCACAGUAUGCAGAACGGGCUCACAACUAGUUUGCAGGCGCUAGGUGCAGAUGGAUUAUUAAGUCUCGGCCCAUUAAAGCCCUUACCUAAUUCAUAA